GUUGGGCAUCGGUUGCUUUUCACUCUUGAGAUAGCCCUGUCGUGACAAACCUGCCUUGCUCAAUCUCAAGUUCUCAACGCACAGUCGUCUUUGAUUCAAAUGUUCACUCUUGUGCUCAACGCCGAGCUGGCAGGCGUCACCAACCUGCGGCCAGAUGAUACCCAGGAUGACCCGUUCUGGUACAUGUUCAAGGUCCAGUGUACUUCGUGUCGAGAGACACACGCCAACUAUGUCGGAGUAAACCGAUUUGAAACCAACGAGAUGAGCGGCAGCCGAGGCGAGGCAAACUUUGUGUGGAAGUGCAAGAAUUGCAAGAGAGAAUCAACGGCCUCCAUCAAGGCAGCACCUUUGGCCUAUGAGCAGGGGGAGCCACCAAAGUCUCAGAAGAUUCUUGAGUUCGAUUGCCGAGGCUUGGAGUUUACCGAGUUUAAGGCGGAGGGUGAAUGGCUGGCAGAUGGCUUGGAUUCUACCACCAAGUUUACUGGAAUUGAGUUGGUGGAUGGUGAAUGGUAUGACUAUGACGAAAAGGCGGGUGAUGAGGUGAGCAUCAAGGAAAUCAAAUGGGAGAUUCGCCGAGCGUAGUCAACUAGGAUUAUCCAAUAUAUUUGACCAGAGAUAUCCUUUUGAAUGUUUCCAGUUGAUGUAUAAUGGUUACAGGGUAGAUGUACUCACGAUAGGGCUGGCGAGCCACAAUCG